AUGACGUCCACGGACACAUACCAGUUGAAAUGGCAUUCGCACAGUUCACAUCUGAACGGCUCCGUAGCGGCUUUGCUUCGCUCGGAACGAUUCACGGAUGUGGUGCUGUGUACCCUGGACGGGUCGCAGAUACCGGCCCACAAGUUUAUCCUGAGCUCGUGUAGCGUGUACUUGAGCAACUUGUUUGAAGGCCAGCGGUCGGUGACGCGCAUGGGCGGAAUGCUCUACGUCGUUCUACCUUCGGAGAUAUCCACGAUAGCUUUGAAAAUCCUCGUGGAGUACAUGUACAAAGGUGAAACUACAGUAUCAAAUGAUGUCUUAGAUACUGUGUUAAAAGCAGGAGAAGUAUUGAAAAUCAGAGGGUUGUGGAGACAGACUGAUGAUGGCAGUUCUGAAACUCUUGAGAAGGCAACUACCCAAACUAUCACCACCACCAGUCUUGCCAAACCUGCUUUGGCUAAGAAGCCUGAUGAGAUAUCCAGACAACCUAAGAUAGCUGUUAAGAAAGAUGAUAAGUUACUGAAAGCCUUCAAUCCUGGGCAACCAGGUGCUAGACCAAUGUUCAUUGGGCCUCCAAAGCUAGUGUUUAUAAAAACAAGUGAAGGUGGUGCGCAAGCAGCGAUAAGGCCGGGAGGUCCGAAGGGGCAAACGAUCCUGGUUGCUCCCGCGCCUACUGCCGAGCCUACCGUCGCGGUCGCAACUGCUACACCAACUGCGACCUCAACUCCGGCCCCAACCACUGUCACAGUCGCUACCACCACCGCCAGCGAGGAAUCGUCUGACGAACCACUGACGCCUAGAAUCUUGAGACGACAUACUGAAAGGAAAUAUGGAAAGAGGCAAAAGACUGAAGUUAAAUCUGAUGAAGAUAUGAAAGAUGGUGAAGAAACCCAGGAUUCUGAAACAUCAAAAAAAUCGGGGCAAAACUUGGAGAGUGAAGUACAAAUAAAAGAUGAGCCGGAGUGGGACGCCAGCAGUAUCGAAGAGGAGGAGCGGUCUAUCGCUGAAAUGUUCCAAGCUGAGAUGAGUGUUAAAAGCGAGCCUACAGACGAAGUUGAUAUUGAAGAAGAGAGUUUGAUCUACUCCCCGCUGGCGUGCGAGCUGUGCGCGGAGGUGUUCACGGUGCCGGCGGCGUGGGUGCGCCACGUACAGGCACACGCGCGCACCGACACCACGCACGCGCGCAAGCGCAAGCUGCGCUCCGCUAGUGAUGAUACCGAAGAAACAAUGGCCCUCCUUCGUUGCGAUCUCUGUCAGAAACAUUUCCCGAAUCCCGCAGAAUGGGUGCGACAUAUACAGAGCACACACACUGAAACAGAGGGCGCGCAAAACAAGAGUUGCACGCAAUGCAAGAAAACAUUCCCGUCCCACGCAUCGAUGCUCAUACAUAUGCGUACACACACAGGUGAACGCCCAUUUGUUUGUGGACUCUGCAACAAAGGUUUCAACGUGAAGUCUAAUUUGUUACGACACUUACGAACAUUACACGACCAGCUCAUCAGUCCGAGCGGAGUGGACGAUGCCGAGGAAGAGGAAGUAACGCCGGGCCCUUCAGAGGUCAAGCGAGAGUCCUGAGGACGUGGAGGGGGGGCAGGUAAGAUUUGACGGACAAGAGAUAGUAGCAAAUACAGUUGCUCUCCUUGUACAGAUUUAAUAACUCAAUAUUUAAUAAUUUCUCCUUUCAAAGUUUAUUCUUUUGUGUGUUUUAUAGGUAGAGGGCGCGGGCGUCGUGCUUAUACAGCAACAAGCGACGCAAACCGCCGCGCCGCUGAAAAGAAAAGGCAGACGGACAACGCGUCACCGUCUAAUGUACCGCGCAAGCAGAGCUAUUCGCUCUUCUUGAAGCAACGCGCGGUACUAUUUUCUGCCAAAAAGUGGAAACAGUGAAAUUUGGCAUGGCGACUUGCUAUAAUACCUUCAUUAAUUAUAUCGUCGUGUUUCUUUAUACUCUUGUUGAGUUUCAAAUUACUAACAGCAAUGUCGCCAGCCAUUUAUUCAUUGACUUUUACACCUGCCCACCCUCCUCCAAAAUUACGGUUAAUUUGUAUUUGACUAUUUAAUAUUGAGUGAUUUAUUUUUUGUAAUCCCCUAGUUGAUUAUAUUUUAAGUACCUCGACGUCUAGUCAUAUGAUAAAUAAUUAUAAGACUUUAAUAUUGGCUAGCAUUGUAAGUGGUCACCAAAUAAUAUUAAGCCAGAGGUGUCAAGAUCUCAAGUUGAGUCAAGCAAGAUUUAAGUUAUAGAAUUAAUAAUUAAGUUUGAAGUGUAUUACUAAAUUAGCAGUGGGCAUUUCUUAUAUAUCUUGUAAAAUAUUAUUUGAAUGUUAGUCACAUUACUACCCCAAUCCUUUAGUUAAUUUGGCAGGCACAAAUUUAUUAUUUGCAAUCUUAAACAGUCAUUUAGACAGCAUCCAUGUUGUUAUAAUUCUACAGUAAGGUCAAGAGAUAUUAUAAUAGAUUUGAUGCUGAAAUUUUAAUGAAAAUACUUGGGAAUGUUUCAGUGAUGCAUGCUAAGUAUAAUAAAGCUGUUUUUUUUGUCAAAUACAUUUAUACAUUCCAGUAUCGCGCCAUGUGUUAUGUGUACUAUUAGUAUUUACUUUUACUAUUAUAUUUUUUUAGACGUAAGGAUGA